CACCACCCCGGCACCCCUCAAUCCUGCCGCUGCCCGGGCUGCCGUGGAAAAGGCCUGGCAUGACCUCGCCGCCCAUAAGGAAAUGGUCUGGGCGCAGCGCUUCAACACCCUCCGCGACUUCGGAGGUACCGGCUUCAACAUGCGUCUCGAGGUCCGCUGCCUCGCCAUGCGACCCCUCUUUCCCAUCCCCCACGAUGCCUCCCCACCUCCUGACUUCGGCCGCCGGCGCCGUUGGUACGCCUCCCGCGAUAUCCGCCGGCGCCUGCUCUACCUCCAAUGCCUCUUCCACAGUUCCACCUUCGAUGACACCUACUUUAAGACGGCGGGCUACCGUACCCAUACCCUCCACCGCCUCCACUCCUUCCUUACUUACUACUCCCCUGCCGAGAUGGGAUUGGACCCCGAGUUUGCUUCCUGGCUGGUUACCCCGCUCUCCGCCGCCCUCCACGCAGCUCUCCCUGCUGCCGGUGCGCCUGACGUCUCUGCCCGCCUGUGGCUCCCCGCCGGCCUUCGUCAGCACCUCACUGAUACCACUAUCCGCUCGAUCCUCAGCCACCCUGAACUCCACAAGUGCCUCCCCGCCAACACCCUCACCCCUCCCCUCCAUUGGCAAACCGACCCCACCAACAAGGAGCUCCUCUGCACCACCCCCGCCCUCGCCCGUGGCCUUACUGGCGACGCCUACCGCGCCAUCCUCUCCCGCCCCUGUAUCUGUGCUCAGCACCCGGAGCUUUGCGACCCUCAGCUCGGCCACAUCCUCACUACUACCCCGUACGCCCUCUUCCCUGCCGAGCACCGCGACGCCCUCACGACCCUUUGGAACAAGGGCGCCAACUUCCGCCCCCACCGACCGCCACCCUGCCCCGAGGAGCUCCUCCAGCAGGUCCACGCCUGCGCCCUCACCUUCACACGCCACUACGAACGCCGUCAGCAAUUGGGACGCGGUGACCUCGCCGAAUGGGCUGGCCGCUUCACUGACAUGGUCCAACAUGCCAUGGUUGCCGGACGUGAGCGCCCCUUCCACUGGCCCAUUCUCACAGACCAGCAACUCCACGCUUUCCACAGCGCCCUCGGACCCCACUUCACCAUCACCGGCACUGACAAGAGCUCGGCUACCCUGCAGGCCUCCUGUACGCGCUUCUAUGUUGAACGCUGCACCAACGACCUCUACCAGCCCGGCCCCAUCCCCAACUUCCCUCCCGGACUCCUGGUGGUCCCUGCUACUUCCUCAUCACCCCCAGCUGCCCUCCCACUCCUCCCCGCUGCCGACCCCACUCUUCCACCAUCCCCUCCCCCACCCCCUCCCCCUCCUCCACCCCCUCCCCUUCCCCCUGACCACCGCCAUCCACCCACCCCACCGCCGCCAGCCCUCUCUCCCUACUACCGACCCUGCAGCCCAGUCUUCAUGCGCGACACCCUCCUCCAUCAUAACCACAAGUUGGCCAAAUGGCACCUCGCCUACACCACCGCUACCCGACACGAUGGGCUCAAUGUCUUCCACCCAGCUUACUAUGCCGCUACGAUCAAGAUGCACAAGCAACCCCCGGCCUUACGCUUCCUCGCCUGCUCACACGCUUGCCCCUCCACCGCCAUCAGCGACCUCGUCCACUGCAUCCUUAAAGCCGUCGAUCCCCUCUUCCGGCAGCUGUGGAGUACAACUAUGCGCCCAGCCCGCGAUUCCUUCGAACCUUGGCACUGCUUCUCGUCGGCAGCAGCCAUCCAGAUGGUCCAUCGGUACAACGCUCGCGGAUACCCUGCCGCGGGUGUCACACCCGCCCAGGCGUACGACUUCACCCGACUCUACACCAACAUCCCCCACAGCACCCUUAAGCAGACGAUCUCCCAGCUCGUCCGCACCGCUGUUACCGCCCACCUCGCCCCUGCCCAUCCACCUCCUUCACCGCUCCCAGCUGCUUAUAUCAUCGUCACCACCACUACCGAUGCCUCCAAGCCCGACGCCAAGCCGUGCCAUACUGUCGCCUUCUCCCGCGCCCAGCCCCCACCUCCCCCCUUCACACGCAACAGCACCUUUGGCAGCCACACCACCACCAUUAAGCGUGUCUUCACCCUGGCCGAUUUCGACCCCCUCUUCGCCACGCUGCUGGAUUCCACUUUCAUCCGGUUCGGGCCCGCACUGGUGCAGCAAAUCUGCGGCAUCCCCAUGGGUAUCUCCGCGGCACCAUUCAUCGCCAACCUCUUCUUAGCCUGGUUCGAGUUCCAGUUCAUGUCUCAGCGCGUUCGCACCAACCCGCCUCUCAGUAACGCCGCUCGCGACAUCCUGGCCCGCUUCCGUGACAUGCAGCGCUUCCUCGACGACCUCCUUUCCCUCAACAACCCGUACCUCGAGCACCUCCUCUACAACGACACAGUCUAAGAAGGCUUACGUGGGAUCUACCCGCCAGCGCUCACCGUGGAGGCCCAACGCCACGCCCACUUCCAGCGCGGAGAAAUGCCUUUCCUGGACGUCUUGCUCGUCCCGGCCAAUCGCGGCCAGAGUAGUUUCAUCGUCACCAGGCUUUACGACAAGCGCAAGCAACCCGCCUUCGACGGCGUCCGCCUAUCUCAGUUCGUUUCCCGGGACUCCAGUGUUAAUGAGCCCAGUAAGGCUAACAUCCUCGCUGGGCAGUUCCACCGGAUACGCCAUGUUGAGUCCAAAGCUGCCUCCUUCUGUGACAACAUGGCCCAUGCCCUCUGGCAGCUCAAGUGCGGAGGCUACUCCCGGAUUCGUCUCUUCCGGCACUACGCACGGCUCUUGCAUGCUCAACCCUUCUUGUACGCCGGGGAGCGCCGCCCCACACCUGCUCCCGGGCGCCGCCCUCAGCCGGGUAUCAACCUAUACCGCGAGACCCGUUCCCGCUUCCGUGCGCUGCAGCAAACAUCAACCACAUGACGGAGCUGUUCCCGGCCAAGGCUGCGGUUGUCCCCCGGGAUCGAUGGGUCGGGCAUUGGGGCGAGUUUGGUAGUGCGUCGGUUCAGGGACUGGGUUGGGUCGGGCACUGGGUUGCGUCGGGCAAUAGGGCGGGUCGGAGGCUGGUUUCGGUUGGGCUUUAGGUCGGGUUGGAUGUAGAACUUUGGGGUGCGGCGGGGGCUGGUUUCGGUUGGGCACUGGGUAUGGGUCGGGUCCCGGGUUAGUUGGGGCUGUGGUGCGCGUCUCGGACUGCGUCGGGCCGGGUUUUGAGGCCGUUUGGGCUUUGCGGCCGGUUGGGUAUUCUCCGUUGUGGCACUGGGUCGGGCUUGGGUUUUGUGUUGUUGGGUUGUUGUUGUUGCCUAGUUUUUGGUGUUCAUAGGUUGGCGUUGCGCAGGGAUGGGUUGGGGUUCUUCGCCUAGUAUGGGAAGGUAUCGGGCCUGCUUGUCUUCGCUGUGGUCGUCGUGUUGUGUCUGUCUCGUGGGCCUUGUGUGUCCGUGGGCUGGCGUUUCGCGCUUGGGCAGGGGCCUGUUUGUGUAAGACCCGCGGUUCCCCCUGUCUCCUUACUCACUGACCCACGGGUCCCCAUACACCACUACGCAUCGUGCACGUCCCUCCUUAGGACCGUAGGGUUGCUUGGACCGGCUCCCAUGUUUGCACCCCAUGGUGACGCCUUGUCUUACGGCUUUGUCAUAGGCUUCUUUGCACCUGUACAUUAGGGCCGGCACGAUCACACUGCAGUGACCGCCCGGAUGGCACUCAGUGUUGUGGGGAUCUGUUCACACAGACCGCACACUGUUUGUCUUAUGCACCAUUAGUAUGCUGCCCUCCCGACCCCUCCUUCUUACUUCCCAUUACUCUCUAACCAACCUGCCCUCCCAUUCUCUUUUUUCCUUAUUUCAUCAUUCGCCCCUCCCCACCUGCCGUACAGCAUUGCCUUAUAUACUAUUUCCAACCUGCAUACUCCCCUUCCCAUACGCCGCGCCGUUCGGUCCAUCUUUCCCAUCUAGGCUUAGGUUUAGGUCACAGGGAGUGUGUCGCUGUUCUUCUGCACUCGCAUUUCCAUGGACAUGAUAACCGCCUGGGCUGCCCCUUACCCUCCCUUUCCAUAUGUUCGCAUGUACUACUACGCUGCUGGUCUUCACUUCUCGCGCCGGCCUCGUUCUACGUCCUUCGGUCGGCGGUUAUUCAUCCAUUUCCAGGUGUGGUGCCUGCCAGACGACGACCUCUCACCCGUCCUCAUCGCACCGCCAACGCCGUCUCAGCAGCAGCAGCAGCAGCAAGACCUCCCUCUUGCUUCCCUAACUAGGUACUCCCUCUUGCUAGGUAUUCCUAGUUAGGGGGCGCUGGGCUUGUGCGUGCUGCUGUUUUUGCUCGUGCUGCCCUGCUCACUCCCCUCUGUUCCCUCCCUCUUCCCCUUCCUGCCCCUACCCCCACCUCUCAUCCAUCCCCUCCCCCACAAAGGUCGCUGAGCUGCUGCGGCGCAGUGGCGAGGAGCGGCGGACGUUCGCCCAGCAGUGGCGGCAGCGCAGCGCAGGGAGGCGG